AUAUAUAUAUAUACAUGUACGUGCAUAUACAUGUAUAUGCACAUACAGAAGGAGGAGGAAACCAAAAGGCAAUUUAUCUCAGGAAACAAUGGAGCCAUUGACGUUACGAGGCCGUAUGCAGAUGGCGGCGCUAAGGAAACAGCGUUCCAAAUCGAAGACUAAGCAUAGAAGGAAUGGAAUGAAGACGAUGCAGGAAAGCUUCAAGAGGUUGAAGAUGGAGAUGGAGGAAAUCAGCGAAGAACAGAAGAACAUCAGGGAAGGGCAAAGACAAGUUAAAGAAAAAUUCGAAGCGAUUGAAUCAGAGUGUGAGGAAUUAAAGAGAGAAACUAGGCUCAUAAUCCAACAGAGUGCCAGGACUCAGGUUAAACUGGCUCUCAUGUUCCGCAUUCUCAAAGCAAGGGAAGCCGGCGACUUUAAUAUCGCUGCCCAUUUCACUGAGAUUCUUCGUGCAAUCGUUGGAAGGGAGAAGGGGGAAAGGGAAGCUGACAGUUGAAUUGCAGGGAUGAACUUCCUCCACUCUGCCGCUUUAUAGUUUUUAAGGAAUAAGAUUGUGUGUGAUAAUGAAGUGGCUGCUGUCUGUAAGCAUAGCCUCUUGUUAUCAACAAUCAUGUUUUACCAACUACUUUGUUUCAUGUAUGGUAUUAUGACAACUUUACUUCAAAUUAUCAAAUGUGUGCUUCUUGUUUGCGAAGUCCUUAUGGAAUACUCUCAUUUCUUCGUUA